AUGCUACUCAGGCCAGUCAGAAGAUUUACAAGUCCAUUGAGGCUACUCAGCGUUGUUAGAUCUACAGCCACGGUAUCCGCAUCCAGCCAAUCACAGCAGCCACCCUCCCGGCACCAUCCUCAGCCUGAAUUCCCGCAGCUUAUUCCUUCUAGCGUACAGACAGGCAGCUACCACCCAAUCGCUCCUGAUGACAGCCACAAGCGUAAAGAGGACGAUGAAUCUUUCGAUUCCGUUGCCACAAAGCUCUCGCCAGAGACUAUGAAAGCUAUCACAGUUUCACCACACAAGCAUACAAAAAUGUCUGCUGUACAAUCUGCUAUCUUCAACCUUCUCCCUGGCUUAUCUGAUGCCCAAUCAAAUGACAGGAAAGACCUCUUUGUCAAGUCUAAGACUGGUACUGGUAAAACUAUGGCCUUCUUGGUGCCUGCCAUUGAAGCUAGACUUAUGGCUAUUCAGAAUGCAUUUGAUUCUGCUUCUGGUUCUGAUAAAGAAAAGUUUAAAGCUGGUAAACAAUACGCUAAUAGUACCGUUGGCGCUGUGAUUAUCAGUCCAACAAGAGAAUUAGCCACUCAAAUUGCUAACGAAGCUAUAAAACUCUGUACGCAUCACAAAGGCUUUCAAGUUAGACUCUUCGUUGGUGGCGCCAACAAAGGAAAGCAACUCUCAGAAUUCAAAAACGGUAGAGGCGAUAUCAUUGUUACCACCCCUGGUCGUAUGAAUGAUGUUCUACAAACUAGUCCUAUGGUUAAAUCUGCUUUGAACACUUCUCCAACUCUUAUCCUCGAUGAAGCAGAUACUUUACUUGAAAUGGGUUUUAAGGAUGAACUCAAUGCCAUCAUCGAACACCUCCCAGGUCAUCCAACUCGUCAAUCCGUUCUACUCUCCGCUACCCUCUCAGAAGGUAUUAGAAAGGUCGCCAAAUCUAUCCUUAAACCAAACCAUCUUUACAUAGACACAGUACCAGAAGGCGAGAGCAACUCGCAUGCUAAAAUUCCUCAAUUUUACUCUGCAUUAUCAUCCCCUGGCCACCAGUUACCACAUUUACUUAGAUUGAUAUCCCACGAUCAGCUCACGAAUCCAAAAUCAAAGAUAAUGAUUUUUUGCCCAACAACCAAAAUGACGAUGCUCUACUCGACCAUCUUCAGAGCGCUCUCAAAAUCCCUGCCAAAGAAGGCUAACAUAUUCGAGAUCCACAGCAAGAGAACGAUGGAGCAGCGUAGCAGAGCAUCUGAGCAUUUCAGGAGGGAUAAGUCUGACAGUAGUGUGUUGGUAACUUCAGACGUCAGUGCACGCGGUGUUGACUAUCCAAAUGUCACACGCGUUAUCCAAAUUGGUGUGCCUCCAUCUGCUGAUCAAUACGUUCACAGAAUAGGUAGAACUGGUAGAGGUGGUUCCAGUGGAAGAGCAGAUUUCGUUAUGGAUUACUACGAAUUACCAUUCCUGACUUGGCAACUCAACCAGCACAACAUUGCAGAUAAUCCAGCUAAAGAGUUCGCCAAGCAGGUUGCACAAUUGGCAGAAUCUACAGGCAAUCAGGAUGUUGUUGAUAAGGUCAACAAUAUUGAGAAUGAGUUGAAAGAUCUCAUCUCUCAAGUUGACGAAUUGGCCGUCAGGGAGACUUUCGCAAGUUUGCUCGGAUACUAUCUACCAAAAGCACCAGUGAUGCGUACGACGAAAGGUGUUGUAGUGGAAGGACUCAAGUCAUGGACAACUGAGGCAAUGGGCUUGCCAAGACCACCAUACAUAUCCGACACUUUCCUGCUCAAAAUGGGUCUCACAGAUAACCGUUCGAAGCGCUUCGGUCAGAAAGACAGAUACUCGGGAGAUGCAGCCAAGGAGUACUUUAGUGUUGCUGACAAGAGGAGUGGUAAAGAUCAAGGAUUGCGCUACAACCUCGAUGGCAGACAGACAUACAGAGGUUCAGAUAAGGGCAAGUUGCGCAGUGAGUGGGACAAGAGAGGUCUCUACGGUUACAGAGGUCAGGGUGCUCCACCUCCAUCUGAGCGCAACAAGCCUGAAAUGGACGCAGAUGAAUACAGGAGUGCUCCUUAUGGUAGAGAGCAUCUCUCUCCCGAAUACAUCGGUGCCUCAAACAGACCGAGGGUGAGAAGUCGCACCGACUUCGACUACGGCGGUAAAGGUAGAUCAGGUGGUAUAAAAAAGCCAACUGACAGAAGAAGCUACAUGACUAGCGCACAUCCCACCAGAGCUGUAUAUGCUCAUGACGAAGAAAGACAAGCUGAAGCUGAAGUUCAAGCUAGGAAGCAAAGGGCUCAAAAAAUUGCAGAAUCACCGCGUACUGCUUCGCAUUACGAAUUAAGUAACAAGUUGGCUAGAAGACGUAGAACCGCAAACAAAGAAUUUCAUGCUCGUAAAGUACUCAUUCAAGACGCUAUGCAUCAAUAG